AUGGAACCUAAUUCUGCUGAUAAUUUCGAGUGUAUCCUUCAGUUGACACGCUUUCUAAGCUCAGAAUGCAGAUCAAGCAGAGAGCAAACUGAUAAUUUAGCAACUUUGCUUAACAGACUAGCAGAUCAGUCGGGCAUAAUAUUUGAAGAGACAAGUGGAAAUACUCCUGAUGAAGAAUUGCAGAAGUACAAUGAAAUAGUGCAGAAAUCAGAGGAAGAACUUUUGAUAGAAGAAAAUUAUAAACUAUUAUAUCAAAUUGAACAACAAGAAUAUAUAAAUUCGAAAAUCCGGUCACUCAUAAAUAAUAUUGCCGAACACAUAAACUCAAUCAAACUAUUUCUUAUAGAAGAACGUAUAAUUAAAGAUAAUAAGAAAGUAGAUUUCAUAAUGGAUCCUAAUGAACUCGAUACCAUACGGCAAUCAACUGAAACUUUAAAAACUUCGAAGGAUAUUCUUCAAACGAAGAUAAACUCUGCUCUACAUAACCUUCGCUUAAUACUCAAGGAAACUAACUUUCAGAACAUAGAUAAAACAACAUUUGAAUUUAGACAGUUUCAGAAAAGCAUAAAAAUAUUGAAUGAUAUUUAUAAUGCUAAAUUGGAUGUUUUUGAUCUAUAA